AAAAAAAACGAAAGCUCCUCAAUUUCAAAGUUCCCACCACAAAUCCAAUUUUUUUCAUUUCUUAAUUCGCUUCAAAUCCCAAAUCCCAAACCAAAACCUCAAAAAGUCUCUCAAGCUCUCUCAAUUAGUCCCCCCACCGAAUCAAUUUUCUCUUCGCAAAAACCAGACCCACAAAUGGAUCAGAAAUUUCAUGGCCUGCCUCCUCUCAAGAGAUUCAGACUCAUGCAGCAACAGCAGCAGAAGGAUGCCCUUUUGUCCCCGUCGCGCCUUCCAGCAAAGAAGCGAAAGGCGCCAAGAGACCAACUCGUUCUCCCUGACCCCACCGCCUCUGCUGCUGCCGGCUCCACCUAUUCCCUGCCUGCCAAGAAAAGGGUUUGGGCGUUUCAGCCCGAUUUGUUCACUGAAGAGCCACUUUCGACAUUGGACCUUAAUGUCGAGUAUAAGCCGCCUUUUGGGUGGGAGCUGGAAGAAGAGGCAGUGGAGAAAUUGGAGGAAGAGAAGGGUGAAGCUGAAAAUGGUUGCAAUGAAGAUAUUGAAAAUACCCGAGAGGAGAAAAGCCAAGAAAUCGCAGGGGAUGGGGAGUGCAAUGAAGAAGAAGAAGAUGAUGCUGAUGAUGGGAUUGUUUGUGCUGUUUGUCAGAGCACAGAUGGAGAUCCAUCAGAUCCAAUUGUCUUUUGUGAUGGGUGUAAUCUGAUGGUUCAUGCCUCCUGCUAUGGCAAUCCACUCAUAAAGGGUAUUCCGGAAGGUGAUUGGUUCUGCGCCCAAUGCGCGUUUUCUGCUGUGCAUUCUCAAUCCAAUGAGUCCUGUUCUUGCUGCUUAUGUCCUGUCAAAGGAGGGGCAAUGAAGCCCACUGGAGACGGCAGGUGGGCACACAUUGUGUGUGCGCUUUAUGUCCCGGAGGUGUUCUUCAAGGACCCUGAAGGCCGGGAGGGGAUUGAUUGCUCCAAGGUUCCGAAAAGGCGGUGGAAGGAGAGAUGCUAUGUUUGUGAGAGUUCAAAGGGGUGUGCUAUUCAGUGCUCCGAGCUUAAGUGCCCUCUGGCAUUUCAUGUGAGUUGUGGCUUGAAUGAGGAUCUUUGUAUUGAGUACAAGGAAGGAAGGAAUACGGGAGCUAUUGUGGCUGGGUUUUGUAAAAAGCACUCAGAUCUGUGGAAAAAGCAAGAACAAACCGGGAAGUACAAGAUUGUCGCUAGAGAAGACUGAAUAGUACAAGUAAUUAAAUUUUGAUGGAUUAAUGUUUGAUAAUUGGCUUUUUCUUUGUGUCCGGAAUUUACAUGUUGCUGUCAUUUUUUUUAGAUGUCUGUAGGGUUCUAGUGUCGACUUAUUUGAUUCUUGCUGUGACUGAUGAUGCAUUUUACUUAGACUCUAACAUAUCGUCGUUGUGUUUGGGCUGAAUUCAAGUAAUGUUGAGCAUCUGCUAGCCAAGGAAACCCAGGUUUAGGUUUGAGCUAAAUGAUUUAGACGAAGAAAUCCACUCUAAUGAUGUUUCAGCUUAUGUUACGAAAGUUGAUUUCAAGUUGUAUUUACAGUGUUGUGAGUUUUUAACAACUCAUGGCAAUAGAUGUAAAAGGAUUGUGGGGUUUCAUCUGAAUAAUUAUAUCGUUUACUUAUGUGUGA